AUGGAGGCUUUCCACCCCAGCCAGCUGGAGAAGCAUCACCACCACCACCAGCCCGUGGAGUUCUUGCAAGGCGCCGGCCGGUACGGCGCCAAGAGCCACGGCGCCUACGGGAACGCGUUUAACUCGUGGAAUGAUUACCUGGGGCUGGCCACGCUCAUCACCAAGGCGGUGAGCCACGAGAAGGGCUUCAGGACGGUGCCGUCCUCCGUGGUGGUGGCGGCCACGGUGCAGCAGGUCCAGGCGGCCGAGGAAGGGGAUGACGAGGAGGAGGACGACGACGAGGAGGAGGAGGACGAGGAGGAAGAAGUGGGCGCCCCGUAUUUUGAGAACGCCCUGGAUUUGCGCGACUUCGACUUGUGCAACCAUCACCAUCACCACCACCACCAUCUUAGCCCCGGCGAAAGCCUGCUGGAGGAGCGCUUUGCCGAUUUCAGCCCCUUCUCUGGCCGAUCCAGCCCGGCCUCGAUGGUGUUCAAUUGCUCCGCGGAUCACCUGGAGCGAGAUCGCUCCCCCCACGCUUGGGGCGGCCGCUUGGUGGUCGACGGCCGGCUGCAGGCUCCCCCGAAGAGCGGCUCCAGGCUGCUGAAGCCGGAAUUGCAAGUCUGCGUCUUCUGCAGGAAUAACAAGGAAGCCGUGGCCCUCUACACCACGCACAUCCUCAAGGGACCCGACGGCCGGGUCUUGUGCCCGGUGCUGCGGAGAUACACGUGCCCGCUGUGCGGAGCCAGUGGGGACAACGCGCACACGAUCAAGUACUGCCCCUUGUCCAAAAUGCACGGCAGCGCCCCCAAACAGCCGCUCAAAAGCUCCCGGCACAUUCUGGGCAAGAAGCUCCGCUAGGGGGCG